AGCUGUACAGACAUCCACGGAAAAUAUCUUUAAUAUAGACCAGUUCGGAAAACAGACGGAAAAUAUCGUUAACGGAAUACCUCGUGACACAGAGCCAAUAGAGUUAAUGCUGCACGUGUUGUCAAGUGUAUUAAACUGUAGUCUCGUGCCUUUACUAAAUGUUGUGCAGGACAGAGUGCACGAUCAUGGAGGUUAUUCUGGUCCUAGCUGGAACAAAUACAGAGCAUGUGUGGCCGGAUUUAAUGCCAAAAGUGAAUGUUUACGACAGCUUGAAGAAAUAUGCCGAAACAAAACCCACAGAGUUUUAAAAGUCCUUCGGCUUUCGUUUUCUUCCUUCCAACCUCUAAUGGAAAUUAAUCCAAAGCUGAAAAUAGUACAUCUAGUCCGAGAUCCUCGUGCAAUUAUUCAUUCACGCUUGUAUUCCCGCUUUUAUCCCGUAGAGAGACCCAGAAAGAACGAUUCCUUGGAAAAGAACCUUUGCGAGAAGAUGCUUGAAGACAUUAAGGACGUCAUAAAACUUAAGAUAAAUUAUCCAGACAGAGUUAUAGUGUUAUAUUAUGAAGAUAUCAUAGAAAAUAUGCAUAUUAGACUAAAACAGAUUUAUAAAAAACUUAAUUUGACGUAUAACAAGGAAGGCGUUGAGACAUUUAGUAGAAUACAUGUGAACCUAUCACCGCCAGAAAUGGGGAGCUCUUUUACUAAAGAUAGAAAACACGAUAAUGCAUUUUGGUGGCGAAAGUACAUAACGUGGGAGGAAGUGCAAAGAAUAGACUAUUGGUGCGGGGAAUUGUAUAGCAUUCUUGGAUAUAAAACUUUAAGACGAAAUGAAAUUCGUGAUGAUUCUGUGCCUAGCUAUAAAGUCUCCCCGUCAUUUAAGAUUCAAUAAUGUGAUGUUUUGUUCUUAUUUUUUGUACUAUUAUAUUUUUAAUAUGUUCUUUGUAAAUUUGAUCUCAUAGAUCUCAUAUUGAUCUCAAUGUGGUUAACUUUUACAAUGGAUGGUUUUGUAUAAAAUACUAAAUUAUAUGUUAUACAAAAUAUAAUGGAAAUUUUCUAUAACAUUAUUUCCUGAUCAAUAAUUUUGUCUGAAAAGCUA